AUGGCGGACUCCGUUGCAAUGAAUGGUGGCGAUGGCCUGAACAGCUACAAGCAGAAUUCCAAGUGCCAGGGAGAGUGGUUUGAUGAAGCAAAGGUCUUGUUGAGAAAUAGCAUCCGAGAAAAGCUCACAAUUAAUAAAAAUUCCAAUGCCACCACUAUCACACCAGUAUUUAAAAUUGCAGACCUUGGAUGUUCAGUUGGACCCAACACCUUUGCUUGUGUCCGGACCCUCAUAGAAGCUGUGAAGCUUGAGUUCAAAGCUCAGGGCUUUGAAACCCAAUUGCCAGAAUUCCAAGUCUUCUUCAACGAUCAUGUUGCCAACGACUUCAACACUCUGUUUAAAGCCUUCCCAAUUGACAGGACUUACAUGGCAGCCGGAGUUCCAGGUUCUUUCCAUGGCCGGCUAUUUCCUAAGGCCUCAAUGAACUUAAUGCACUCCUCUUUUGCAGUUCAAUGGCUCACUAGGGUUCCCCAAGAAGUCACUGAAGAAGUGUCUCCGGCUUGGAACAAGGGAAGAAGUACGUACGCGAGGAGUGAAUCCAGUAAAGUUGAAGAGGCUUAUGCUGCUCAGUUUGCGAGGGACAUGAAGGCUUUCUCCACAGCAAGGUCAGCAGAACUGGCGGAUGAUGGGUUGCUGGCCAUUCUCAUGCCCUGCAGGCCAGAGCCAAGCCUCCCUUCAGAGUCAACGCUCAUGAAUAUCUUGGAGUGUUUGGGAGAUGCACUUGCAGAUAUGGUCAAAGAGUUCAAUCUACCCAUUUACGUUCCAAGUGCCAGUGAAGUUGAAGGAGUGAUAUUGUUGGGUACGAAAAACAAAAACCUUGGUUAUAGUAUUGAGAGGCUGGAGGAAAUGCGCUUCCCAGCAAAGCUUUCUAGUGUUGAGGAGGUUCGAGUUUCCUGCUUUCAUGCAAGAGCUGCAAUGGAAGACAUCCUGUGCAAGCAUUUCGGAUCCGACCUCAAUGUUGAUGAACUUUUCAAGAGAUAUUCGGACAAGCUUGAAGAAUUCUCCAAGUCACCUCGGUUUGCUCGCAUUAAGAACUUGGCAAAUUUGUUUGUCCUUAGUUAA